UUCACCGUAGGACUUCCGGUUCGUGACUGUCAUAUGACCUGCCCUCUACUGUCAUUUCUGGUACUCCGUAUCAGCACAUUAAGCACCGAAAGACUUCUUCAGCUAUCCUAAUGGCAACACUGGUGGCAAAUCGAGCAAUGGAUGUGAACAGCCUUGGAGCAGCUGCGAGGACACACACACAGGCUGUGACGAGGAACUACAUCUCCCAUCCGAGGCUAACCUAUUCCACUGUGUCUGGGGUAAACGGACCUCUUGUGAUCCUGGACAAUGUGAAGUUCCCCAGGUACGCUGAGAUUGUUCAUCUGACCCUCCCAGAUGGCACCAAGAGGAGUGGCCAGGUCUUGGAGGUUAUCGGCAGCAAGGCAGUUGUUCAGGUGUUUGAGGGGACGUCAGGCAUCGAUGCCAAGAAGACGGCCUGCGAGUUCACUGGUGACAUCCUGCGCACCCCGGUGUCAGAAGACAUGUUGGGGCGCGUGUUCAACGGCUCAGGCAAACCCAUUGACCGCGGUCCCAGCGUUCUGGCCGAAGACUACUUGGACAUCAUGGGUCAGCCCAUUAAUCCUCAGUGCCGUAUCUACCCCGAGGAGAUGAUUCAGACCGGUAUCUCUGCCAUCGACGGCAUGAACAGCAUUGCCAGAGGGCAGAAGAUUCCCAUCUUCUCUGCUGCUGGGCUGCCUCAUAACGAGAUCGCUGCUCAGAUCUGUCGCCAGGCUGGCCUCGUGCAGAAGCCCAAGGACGUGAUGGAUUACAGCGCCGAGAACUUUGCCAUUGUCUUUGCAGCCAUGGGGGUCAACAUGGAAACCGCUCGCUUCUUUAAGUCGGACUUUGAGGAAAAUGGUUCCAUGGACAACGUCUGCCUUUUCCUCAACCUGGCUAACGAUCCCACAAUUGAGCGCAUAAUCACACCCCGCCUGGCGUUGACCACGGCAGAGUACCUGGCUUACCAAUGUGAGAAACACGUUCUGGUCAUCCUCACUGACAUGAGCUCCUACGCUGAAGCCCUGAGAGAGGUCUCUGCUGCUCGAGAGGAAGUGCCUGGCCGCCGAGGUUUCCCCGGUUACAUGUACACCGACCUGGCCACCAUCUACGAGCGUGCCGGCCGAGUAGAGGGAAGGAACGGCUCCAUCACCCAGAUCCCCAUCCUCACCAUGCCCAACGACGACAUUACCCAUCCAAUUCCUGAUCUCACUGGAUACAUCACAGAGGGCCAGGUCUACGUUGACAGACAGCUGCACAACAGACAGAUCUACCCACCCAUUAAUGUGCUGCCCUCGCUGUCUCGUCUGAUGAAGUCAGCUAUCGGUGAAGGGAUGACCAGGAAAGACCACGCCGAUGUGUCCAACCAGCUGUAUGCCUGUUACGCCAUCGGUAAAGACGUCCAGGCCAUGAAGGCUGUGGUGGGAGAGGAGGCCCUUACCUCUGAUGAUCUCCUCUACCUGGAGUUCCUGCAGAAGUUUGAGAAGAAUUUUAUUGCUCAGGGCCCGUACGACAACAGGACUGUUUACGAGACUCUGGACAUCGGCUGGCAGCUGCUGCGAAUUUUCCCCAAGGAGAUGCUGAAGAGGAUUCCUCAGAGCACCUUGGCUGAGUUCUACCCCAGAGAAUCUGCCGCUCGCCACUAAGGCUCGUUCAGGUCCGCCUCUCUCCUCUCCUCCUUUUUGUUUUUUUCUUUCUUUCCCUUUUUCCUCGCCUACAAUCUUUCACCCUCGUGGUCUCGACAGCUUGUGUCGCCAAGCCGCGGCUCAUCUCGUCUCAAGCUUCACUUUUCGCCUCCAGGUCAACUCUGUCCGUAAAUCACCUCCGCCUUCAGCACCUCCACCCUCCUCUUACCCUCAUUGAGGAAGAGGACAGACCUUUCCGACAUGUGGUUGUACUGUAGUUUAUCUGUAUUCUCCAGUCAAGAGUGGAAAGUGUUGGUGGUUCUGGUAUCUGUUUUUAAGUGCAAACUGGUGAACAUAUCAUAGUAGUUUGAGAUCAGUCCUUAUUUAUUAUAACCUUCUGUCGAUCAACACACGUUGACUCCAGAAACAAACCAGGUAAAGAAAGUUGCAUCUACAUUUCGAAAUUAAGGGACAAAUUUAAACGUCAUUGAUUCAACUUCCUAGUACCGUAUUGCUAUUAACUGAAAAUGCUUUUAUCGUCAUGUUUUUUUUGUCGUUGCUUGCAGAAAGCUGCUGUUAAUUUGUUGGGUUUUUUCCAGUCGCAUCAAAUUCAAACCUCUUAAGAAAAUCCACCCAGAGACGUGGAUAUUAAACGGAUCAGAAGUUUGUUGUAUGUUUUCGCAUAUUUCCUCUUUUAUAGGCUCACCGGCCCCCCAUCACAUAAAGGUGUAAGUUUACAUUAUUUGUGUUUUUGUCGAUAAGAUUAUAUAAACAUAUAAUGAACAUUCCCAACUGUGUGCAAAAAAAUGAUUUGUUGUGCAGAUAUAGCUGUUUGUGAGCAUGUGUAUGUGAAUAAAUUAAUAUGUAAACCCUC